AUGGCUCCAAGUGACCGCCUCAGCAAUUCAUCAAGUCCAAUGUUGGACCGUUCCGAGUCGUUGGUCGCAUCGAAUGACUAUCAGGUGUUUCUCCAUUCCCGUCAACCUUUUGUACACUACGAACAUCGACGUCGUCUCCAGAAUACGGAUUUUCCCACUCGAGAUCAUGUCGAGCGACUUCCUGGUGUGGCUACGCUGCUUCAACGCCAUGACACAAUGCACCUCAGCGAGCCAAUGCUAUCUGUGCGUGACCCUAGCUAUGAUUUACAGUGUCGUUCAUUCAAGACGACGACUUUGAACAAUAGUUUUGAAUGUUGGACACCACCAAGUCUAACAGGAAGACCAAGUUCGAUCACGUCUCCAGCUUUUAAGUUUGGACCAUUAACAGCAGCUCUCAACACAAUGGGAGGCAGGUAUACCGGUUGGAGCAGCAAUCUAGUGACGAACACGAACGAGAUGCUCAAAAAUCAGACGGCGGAUGCAAAUACCUGGUCUCCAGUCAAAUGGUCACCUGAACGUGUUUCUAGUCCAGCUACUGAUGACAAGUCGCGAUCAAAGGGUUCAAGAUACUUGCGUGAGAUUGAUCGUCGACAUAUUCUAAUGCGUAUUGCUCAAGGUGAGAAACAAUCAGCAUUGGCAAAGGAAUAUCACGUUAGUCGAGCAGCGAUUUGUAACCUCAACAAACAUCGUGCAGAAGUGCUUUCACGUAAUCAUGAACAUCCAUUAGCAAAACAUCCUAAACGAAGAAUGGGUACAAGACCUAAACGACACGAUAUGAUUGAAACUCAAGUGUGUCAGUAG